CGGUGGUCCACAACAGCAAGGACCUACAAAAGGUGGUCCACAACAACAAGCCCCCCAACAGCAAACCCCUGCUAGGGGUGUCCACAACAGCAAGCACCUGAUAAAGGUGGACCGCAACCACAAGGGUCACCUAAGGUUGGCGCUCAGCCACAAGGGUCCCCUAAGGGUGGACCACAACAGCAAGGACCUGCUAAAGAUGGACCCAACAGCAAGGGUCCCCUAAGGUUGGAGCUCAGCCACAAGGGUCCCCUAAGGUUGGAGCUCAGCCACAAGGGUCACCGAAGGUUGGAGCUCAGCCACAGGGUCCCCUAAGGUUGGAGCUCAGCCACAAGGGUCACCUAAGGUUGGAGCUCAGCCACAAGGGUCACCUAAGGUUGGCGCUCAGCCACAAGGGUCACCUAAGGUUGGAGCCCAGCCACAAGGGUCACCGAAGGUUGGAGCUCAGCCACAAGGGUCACCUAAGGUUGGCGCUCAGCCACAAGGGCCAUCUAAGGUUGGAGCCCAGCCACAAGGGUCACCUAAGGUUGGCGCUCAGCCACAAGGGCCAUCUAAGGUUGGCACUCAGCAGCAGGGUUCCCCCAGGACUACACCACAGCAGCAAGCCGCUGGUAAAGCUGGGCAUCAGUCUAAAGCAGGACCUAUGGCUGGAGCUAAACCCCUGUGUCCAGUGUGUAACACUACUGGACUCAACCUGAACACCAAGGAGCCACCCAACUAUAACACCUGCACACAGUGUAAGACUGUCGUCUGCAGCUUCUGUGGCUUCAGUCCUCCUGACUCUGGUGGUAAGGAGUGGCUGUGUCUGACCUGCCAGAUGCAAAGAGCACUCGGAGGCUCUGACCCACCUGGAACCCCAAAGAUGAAACCCCAGCCUUCACCCAACAAAGCCUCUAUAUCUCCUGCACCACAGAAGAAAGACACCUCUACACAAGGCUCCAUCCAGAAAAACCCUGUUACAUCAGCAACACAGCCACCCAAGGCAGAGACUGCUAGAGCAGCAGACCCUCAGACACCGGCUAGCCCAGUACCUGCUCAGAAUGCACCACAGGAGAACCGGAGAACAUCAGGGCCUCAGAAACCGCCAGAGCAGCCAGGGCUACCUGGGCAUAAGCAGAGUAAUGCCACCCCAUGCACACAGCAGGAGCCUUUGAAGCCUCAGCAAGAGCUUCCAAAGGAUGGAGCCUCUCCUGCCAAAGUUGUGCCACAGCUACAGGCUCAGGCCCCCAAGCAGGGGUCAGGGAGCUUCUUUGGCUUUGGUGGUCCUAAGUCUCAGCCUGCUGCCUCAAAGCCUGAAGAGUCAGUGUCUGGGAAGAUGUUUGGCUUUGGAUCCUCCAUCUUCAGCUCUGCAUCCACUUUGAUCACCUCAGCUGUUCAGGAUGAGCCCCACACCACACCGCCAGCUUCCCCCAAGUUGUCUGCACCGGCCUCUCCCAAGAUGCCCCCUGCAGAGGAGACCAAACCACCUGCUGUUCAGAAAGCAGAGGAGAAGAAAGCAGAGCAACCCCAGCAGGCCAAGGUCCCCCCAUCAAUACAGGCCAACGUGGACAAACCCCCAUCAGAACCUCCAAAGGGAGCAGCAUUUUCCCAACCAGCUCCCAAAGCAGGCCAGUCCACCUGUCCACUCUGCAAGGUGGAACUCAACAAGGGAUCCAAGGACCCUCCCAACUACAACACCUGCACCGAAUGCAAGAACGCUGUCUGCAACCUCUGUGGAUUUAACCCCAUGACAAAUGUUACUGAGGUAAAAUGGCUAUAUCGUUUUAAUUCCGCUGUCGCUGUAUUUAUUGAUGAAUAUUUGAAAAAUAUUUUCACAUCUACAGUCGUUCUAUGCUCUGGACAAGGAAGCUCAUGCAGCCUCAAUUAG